AUGACGAUCCAGGCAUCCAAAGAACAAGCAUUGACCUUGCAGGACACGAGUUUACUCUUCUCCAAUGUAUCCGCUCUUCGGCCCGCCCUACCUUAUGCCUUCCUCACGAACGACCGCAAUUACGUUCCUGCCUACCUGCUUCAAUCUAUGGUCAUCCCAGCCGGUGUCGAGAUUGUCAAAUACUAUUACAAGCCACAUGUGGAAGACAUCAGCAGGGAAGUGAACGAGGCACUAGCUCUCGGUCCUGCCGCAGCCGAGGAAUGGUCGAAAGGAUUAGAAGCUCGCGGCAACGAGCGUAUGAAGCUGGCAGAGAAUUGGGGACGCUGGGAGGAUAAGUACCAGUCGUGGUCGGCCCACAACGACACCAAAUCAGCAGCCUCUACUACGCCUGCUCCCGCACAGUCUUCUCUCAACGAGUUGGGCAGGUUCUCACCAGCGCAGCAUGCUCCCUCUCUUGUUGUCCAUGCCCCUAUACCAGCGAGUAAGUAUACCCUGCCCUCUGCUCCUAUGCACAAAGAUUGCGCACAACUACAGUCCUUGAAUAUACUUAGGAACAACCUAACAGCUUCAGCUCCAGUUCACUCACACAUACAUUCGCGCCCACCGACUGUUCCUCAGCAGUAUACACCACAGCCUGGCAACCCGCGCGGACUUCACGAUGCGAAUGAAGCCAAAGCAAAUCGCAAAGCAGAUAUUGAGCGACGUUGCCAGCAGAUGCAGCCACCUAUACCACCAAACGUGUUGCGACACAUGGAAUCCUUCAGAGCAGCCAUCCAGAUCUCCCAGCCAAUGACUGAUGACGCGUGGAGCGUGCUUGAACCCCGCCUCGUUGCCCAACUCCCUGCUGCCCAACACGCGGAGGCCGACCACGCGUCGCGUCUCACCACGCAGUCCAAAACACUGGACCGUCGCCCUUCGGAGGUAAAUCCCAAGGAAUCCAAAGAAAUCAUGGAUCGGGAAUGGGACGAGGCUCAGCGCCCCAUCCGCGACAAACUCAGCGCAAUUGCCGACGACUUUAUCAACAGAGACUGGGACGGCGGCAGAGCAGUGACUUACGAGAACAGCCCGAAGUUCGCGGUGGAUGUAUUGGUAUACGUGCGUCGCACAUUCAAGGCCGACCCUGCCAAUGAGAACACACCAUUUGGUCAAGGACGCACCCAAGACGCAUUCCAUGAUGGAUCGGAUCUUAACAAGCCAAAGCUUGUACUGGACAGCAUGAAGUGGGUAUAUGACAACAAGGUCAAAAAUCUAACUGAACAGUUUCGGAAAGAGCUUUUCCUGUGCUACGGCUCCGGCUGCGAAGGCAACACGAAGUUUUACGGCUUCGAAGGCGUCGUGCAACACUUUGGAGCCAAGCACACUAAUGCAUUCAGCGUUGGCAAUGUUGUUGUUGCUUGGAGAGAAGCUGAAUGGCCAGAGGAGACCCCGUUCCACCCAGACCCCACUUCCGUCAAGCAUGCUUUCCAAUCCGCGUCGGGCACAGCUACUCACUCCGGGUAUGGCGCUUACUACGGUGGGUAUUCGCGUGCGGGGACAUCCACUCCUCAUAUGCAGGCUCAUCUUCCCCAAGCAAGUCCCGGCCCGUAUCAGUACAGCGGCCAUUACGCGGGACCAUUUGCUCCUCCUCAGUUGACCUCAAAUGCUAUGUCAGGGUACGAGUAUAACCAAUCAUAUGGUACGCCUAUGGAUUCUUAUCAAUUUCAGUCCAUGGCACCACCUGGAUAUGGAGCACACCCAGGCAAUGGAUACAUGACUUCCCCAGCGAUGUCCAAUACGGCCAUCGCACCUCCUCCGACUGGUCCAUCCCAAGCUGCAGGCAUGAGAGACACGUCGCACAGGUCAGAUGACGCUAACCAUCGCACAAGCUUAUUCGAUAAGCAGGUGAGUACCGUCAUCGACAUGGCCCAGGACAUCUGGAAGCAAACGUCGGGCGUCAAGGAUCUUCCGAACAGUCUCCGCAUAUACGUCUUGAUGCAGCGUGUCAUCUCGAAGUUCCAUGUCGACUUCAACCAUGAGCCAAACUUGGACCAUUUCAUUGACGCUUUCUCCAGCCACCAGGUACCCCGCGCUUUGAGACAUGCCCCAGGUCUUUCCUGCAAAGCUUGCCAGGACGAGGUUUCUCACUAUCCCCGCCAAGAGGAAAGGAAAACUUUCACAGUCUCGAACUUGUUUUUGCACUUUAAGUCUCAGCAUCUUGGAACCCAAGUCUCCCUAUUUGGUAACGGCCAUCUACCAAAAUCUUUGGAUUGGAAGGAAGACAUGAUAGAGCUUCCAAGCGACCGUGUUAUCUCUGGCCUCAUACACGCCCCUGGCAUGGACGACGAUAAGCUACACAUGGUAGCCACCGUGUUUCCAAAGCUGUUUCCCACCCCACUUCCCAAAAUUGGCAAGAUAGACAACGGUGAGUCCGUGACCAAGGAUUCGAAAGAUGCUACGAAUAGUGGCGAGACCCCGGGGAUCUCAAUCGGAGAAUCCGGUCCCUCAUCGUUAGCAUCGCCCUAUACCGGCUCUCCAAGGCCACCCAAACCUACGGAUGAUGAGUACGACCCCCAGAGGCCUGCUCUCCCCACACAAGCAAGGAUCCCCAGCAGGGCCAACAACGGGAGAACCUCAUUCCGCGGCAGUCCGCCAGACCAUAGGCAGCACUAUUAUGCCGAGUCACGUUAUCAGGUAGGUCAACCGCAGAAGUCGUUGUUUAUGACGAUAGGAGCUAACAGACAAUCGUUCCGACAGCCUCUGGAUCCUGGCCGUGAAGAGUUCGAUCAUCCCCAGGAAUACCUUGAAUACACUCCGGGGCCUCGACGCUACCGGGAACCAGAGCCAGCGUACGAGGAAUACCAGGGAAGACGACCUUUGUAUCGCGACGAAGAAGCCUACUAUCGUCGUGAUGAAGUCGUCUUCGCACAUUCCCGUGCAGGACGGUAUGAGGAAGAAUAUCGUCCUGUCUCUCGCCAUGUUCGGUAUGUAGAGGAUAAUGUUAGGCACCCGGGACAUCAACUAAGGGAGGAACUUGGAUCGGUUGGCCCCAGUCCUGUGGAUGGCAAGUCUGCUGCCGACCGAUUUUUGGAUGAGUUCGUGCCGAACCAGCCAGCGAAUGGAUUAACAGGACAAGGAGCGCCAUCUCUUGAGGUGCACCAACCUGUUGCAGCAGGUCCGGAACCGGAUGACGGAUCUCGGUAUACACCACCGCUGCCUAACUUUGUCGUACCAGAAGCAAUAGCAGAGCGGCGUCAAACUAAUGUACCACCUCAUCGCACAGCUUCAACUGUGUCCAACGGGUCUAGACAGGAAGAAUACCUUUCAUCUGGUCGCCAAAUCCCUACGCCGGACAAUACUCGGGGACCAAGGAGACCUGGACCGCAGCGCCGUAGGGACAGAUAUGAUCAUGCUCCAUCCCGCUACUAUAGAUAUCUGGGUGCCGCUCGUGAUGAGCCGUAUGCUAGAGCAUCUAGCAUGAGCCGUUCGCAGAGUAAGCGAUACGAAGAGCAGCGCCGUCGGAUAGACCAACAGGAGACACCUCAGCCAGGCGCUGAGCAGGAUUCUACUUACUCUCGGGAUCAAAGUGUCGAACGAGCAGCCGCCGAGGAUCCUGCUCACCAACCUCGACGUCCUCCACAGGACUACGUCUCCGUUCAAGAUCGUCUACAUCCCCACUCACCAUCACGCUACCGUUAUGCUGACAGCCGCUACGCGGACGAGCCGCGCGGCGGUCGCCAACCUAUGUAUGUUGAUGAGUACGGUCGACCACUUGAUGAGUACGAAGUCAUUCAAGUACCCCGAGAUCCUCGUCCGCCGCGCCAUUCUUAUGGACGAUACGUGGAGUACGAACCGGAGCACGUACAAUACGUUCCAGUCUCUUACGAACGUCCACAACCGCGCUAUUUGCAAGGCGCGCCUGAGUACGUCUACCAUGAGGGUCGAGACAGACCGUUACCGCCCCGUAGACCAGUUUACGAGCCAGAGGAGCCUCCGCCACCAACAAUUAAGGUGGAGAAUGCGCCGCCUGCGCCAGAUUCAUGA